UACUUUCUAGAUUUUUUUAGCUUAUCAUUUCUGCCACUUCUUUAUUUUGAGAGUAUUAGGGAUGUAGUGAGUUGGAGAUGAAAGUAAACUGUAUAAUCUCUGCAUAUUGAAAACAUGCCCUUCUUAGUUCUUCUCCUUGACAAAUAAAAUCUGUCUGGAAAUCUUUAGGAUUCCUUGUAUUAUUCGUAUAUAUGCAUACAUGAUUGUUCUUAAAAGCAAAAAAGAAAAAAAAUAGGGAAUCCUUUACCCAUUCUUUAAAAUAGCUUCUAGAGCGUUUUUGCUUUGCCCAAAAGGGUUAAUUGACUACAGAGAAUUGAGGAGGAGUGGUACCAGUAACUGGGUAUUUCUGCUCUGAGACAUCCCCAAACUUUUUAAUUCUCUAGCUAUUAAAUGCUCUGCUAGAAAUUUAACACGGAUUUGUAAAGAUUACAUAAAAACGGACUAUGCAUUUAGUUCAUGCAAGUCUUAGAAUUCCUAGAGACUGCAAACUUCUUAGAACUGAAAGAUCUGCAAUUAAGCCAGUUCAAGAAAGGAGUGAAACUUUACUUCUGAAAUGCUGUGGAUUUAAUCAUCAUUGAAAAUGCUUUUCCAUCCUGCACUCUAACUUUGAUUCUGAUCCUUUUGCACUGUGAGGUAGUCACAGAGAUUUUUCACUGUUGGAAAAAGAAAAGAAAACCUACCCACGAACAUCUGGUUAAAAUUAGGUCAGUUUCCGGUCUAUGGAGGGAGGGGGUAUGAGCAAGGAAGAAGAAAUGCAUAAGGAGAGUGAGGAGACAGUAAACAUCUCAUUGUUAAAUAAGGAAAUGCUAUCAACUUUUCCCUUGUCCCCUCCUGACAAGAUCUGGAAAACUCAGAAUUAAGGCAAGUAAGUAAUGAAUGCCUUGAAGAAAUGAUUAGGAAGCAAAAUGUAGCUGGAAAUCUCUCCUAUGUGUAUUCUCCAACCCAUUCUCACUUUGCACUUAAUUUGUCCAUCUUCAAACUUGUAGAGGACAAUGAAGAAAACAAAUGCUGAACCCACUCGUCCAAUUUCCACUCCAUUUCUGAUUGUACAAGUGUGCAUGUGAAUGUUGGUUGAAUCUCCCUAUGUCAGAAUACUUAGAACUUACAUACCAGCACCUGAUGGAAACCUAGCCUCCUCUUGUCAUUGUUCUAUUAUAUAAAGAUCACUCUCAGUUCCUUGCUGACCUCCCUUAUAGAGCCAAGUUUCCCUGUGCCACAUGGUUCCAAGGAAGGGGUUCUAUCUUUGGGUUCAUGAAUCCCCUAGGAUUGUUGUGUGUGCAUGCAUUUUUCUGGUGAGAGAAAUGAUUAGUGCUGGCAGCUGGAAGUUCAAAGGAGUCAUCUAUGACUUCUAGAAGGUUAAGCCACCUGGUGGAAAUAUGGCUCUAGCUAUUUUCCACACUCCAAGCCAGGCUGUGAACUUAUGCCAAAUGGAAGUGUCUCCCCUAAUUAUUCCCUUCCCCAGGAUGUGGGGGCUCAAGCUUCUGCUGUUACCCAUGGUGAGCUUUGCUCUGUAUCCUGAGGAGAUACUGGACACCCAAUGGGAGCUAUGGAAGAAGACCUACAGGAAACAGUAUAAUGGCAAGGUGGAUGAAAUCUCUCGGCGUUUAAUUUGGGAAAAAAACCUAAAGUAUAUUUCCAUCCAUAAUCUUGAGGCCUCUCUUGGUGUCCAUACAUAUGAAUUGGCCAUGAACCACUUGGGGGAUAUGACCAGUGAAGAAGUGGUUCAGAAGAUGACUGGACUCAAAGUACCCCCAUUUCAUUCUCAAAGUAAUGACACCCUUUACAUCCCAGACUGGGAAGGCAGAGCCCCAGACUCCAUUGACUACCGAAAGAAAGGUUAUGUCACUCCUGUGAAAAAUCAGGGUCAGUGUGGUUCCUGUUGGGCUUUUAGCUCUGUGGGUGCCCUGGAGGGUCAACUCAAGAAGAAAACUGGCAGACUCUUAAAUCUGAGUCCCCAGAAUCUGGUGGAUUGUGUGUCUGAGAAUGAUGGCUGUGGAGGGGGCUACAUGACCAAUGCCUUCCAAUACGUGCAGAAGAACCACGGUAUUGACUCUGAAGAUGCCUACCCAUAUGUGGGACAGUUGUCAGACAUAGAAGGCAAAGAAAAUGGAAGUGUACCUGGAAAAGAAAGUCUGAGCAGGGCACAGUGGUGCACACCUGUAAUUCUACUCUCUGGGAGGUGGAGGCAGGAGGAUUUCAAGUUUGAGGUCAGCCUGGGCAACUUAGUGAGACUCUGUCUCAAAAUAAAAUUUCCAAAAGGGCUGGGGAUGUACCUCAGCAUUAGCAUACUUGCCUAGCAUGUAUGAGGUCUUAGGUUCAAUCCCUAGUGUGCCAAAUAAAUAAAUAAUGAUAAUAAUAAAAUAAAAAGUCUUUAAUCCAUAUAUAAUUUCCAGAACUGAUAGUUCCCAUCCAAGUCCAUAUAUGAACUUGAACGAAGGCAAAGGAUACUAAAGUUACCAUAAUAGAUUAGCUUUUUAAUUCUGACUACAUCAUCAUUUAGUGAGAUAACCUGAGCGUGGUCUUAACUUUUUGUUCUCAUAUGCUAUUAAAAAAAGAGAAAGGAGUGAAGGAAGGAGGAAAGAAGAAAGGAAAGAAAUUCCAAUGGUAUAUGCAGAAAACAAAUUUGUUUGUAUGAUUUUCUGCAUCUUUAUAAUUCACAGCUAAUUUAAAGUUAUAUGUCACAAUAUUAGAAACAAAUAAAUACUACCAGAACUAAUAGUUCAUCCACUGAAAACUUGCAUCAUUUACAUUAUAUUAAUCUGUUUGUUAAGAAAUGGUUUAAUGAAUGGCUUGGAUACUCUAAAUAAUUUAAAUGAAAAUUAUAAAAUACUUUAAACUCUAUUUUGGAAUGAAAGGAAAAUUUGACUUUUAAUUUCUGUUUUCCUUCACCCUCAAAUAAUUUCUUCAUCAUUUUACAGCAAUGUGGAAUAAAGUUGGCCUUUUUAUCAGUUAAAAUGAAGACUUAACCAGACAAUUUGUGUGAAGACACAAAUUCCAUUUUUUCAUAGUCUGACUUUUGCUUGGACUUUACAGUUUCUAAAAGCAGUUAUUGUCCAAACCCAAAGUAAUUUUUCUUCUCAAAUGAGCUUGUGAAUGAAUGGAGGGGAGAUUAAAAAAAAAUUAAAGAAGUGAUCUGAUGGGUAGCAGCCAUAUAAGAAUUUUUUUUUUUUUCUGAGAAAAAGAAAAACGAAGAUUUAUUGCUUUGCCGGCAAAGGAGAAACACAGGGAGCUCCUGUCCCAAAGGCUGUGAUUUUGCCCACCACGAGAAGCAGGGGUUCCAAAGAAGUGAUUCAAAGGCUUCCCCCCAUGUUCUCCGUCAGAGUUGUAAUUCACUUGAUAAUUUGGGAGAAGGUAUUCACUUGAUAAUUUGGGAGAAGGUCAUUUCUGAGAUCUUCUGGUACCAUCCCCAAAGUCUGAAUUUCUUUGUUCCUUUGGUGAGUUAUCAGGGACAGAUAACUCAUGCCUAAAAUAGGGAAGGAAGGUAAUCCUAUUUCCCUAAGGGACAAGUGGGGAGAGAUUAGGGAAGAGCAGGGAGGGAGGAAGAGAAAGAAAUAUGUCCAUUUUUUAAAAAGUUGCAGUGGCAGAGCAGCAAGGGCUGUAUAUCAAACAUGAAGUAGACCACUGUUUCAUGUGUAUCUAUUUUCCUAAAUAAACCUGUCUAAUGCCUUUAAAAAGAAAGAGGGAAAGCUCAGUUGGUAGAGUACUUGCCUAGCAUGUGUGAGGCACUGGGUUCAAUUCUCAGCACUGCAUGUAAGUAAAUAAAAUAAAGGUCCAUUGGCAACUAAAAAAAAUUUAAAAAAUGAAAAAGAAAUCCCAUGUGAAGGAAAAGCCAAGGAAUGGGAGCUGGGUAAGCGAGAAAUGAAAGAUGGAGACCAAGCAGAGAUACACACGAGAGUUAAUUUAUCAGAGCUGACAAAUAAAGGCCAUCUCUCUAUAUGAGAGAGAGGCCCAGAGAGGAAUAUUUUAAAGGACAGUAACAAAGCUAUUCCAGUCACAUUGCAGAUUUUUCUGACUUUAGUGCAUCAUCACCUGAUGUCUUUUGGAGUCCGUGUCAAAAUAUUCUGUUUUACUUAUAUAUAAAUCUGUGUGUGUUUUUUUUUGUUUGUUUGUUUGUUGUUUUUUUUUUUUUUUUGGUGAUGCUGGGGAUUGAGCCGAAGGCCUCAUGAAUGCUAGGCAAACUCUCUAUUAGAGUUACAUUCCUAGCCUAAUAUGUGCAAUUUUGACACCAGGAAGCAUCAUGGAUUUGAAUCACAUGGGAGAGAACAAAGGGCUCUCAAUAAAUCAUUAAGGCAGUAGACCACAGUAAUCUUAGAAUAUCAUAUCAAAUGCUCCCAUUACUUUAAUAUUUAGACAAUACAUUCUUUUUAUAGAUAUAACUUAAGAUUUUGAAGGAAUAGUUUGUAGGAAGAUAUGUUGCCAUUAGACUCCAUAAUUGUGGCUUAACAAUAAAACAUAUUGCUGGGCUGGGGUUGUCGCUCAGUGUUAGAGCACUUGCCUAGCAUGUGUGAGACACUGGGUUUGAGUCUCAGCACUGCAUACAAAUAAAUAAAUAAAUAAAAAUAAAGGCCCAUAGACAACUAAAAAAAUAUAUAUAUUAAAAAAAAUUCCUAAUUAGAUUUGCAAAAUGUGGUGUUGGGAGGUCAUAAACUAAAUUGCUGCUAUUAAUCUAUUUUAGUACUGUGUUAUAUACUUUUUAAAUAUUUGCACAAAGGUCCAGCCAAAAUUCUGCUUCGCACUAGGUUCCCUGAUACAGAUUCAGAGGUCCCAAGUUCUCCUUCUAACUGAGCUUUGGCCUUGGCCUUUUCCCCACAGAGCAUCUGGUACCUCCUGUACUCUGAGGCUCACACAUACUACAUAGCCAAAAGAUGAUUUGUGCUUUAUAAAAAAUAAAUCUUAUUUCGAGCUGGGCAUGGUAGGUGCACACCUGUAAUUCCAGAUACUCAAGAGACUGAGCAGGAGGAUCUCAAGUUCAAGGCCAGCCAGGGCAACAUAGUGAGACCCUGCCUCAAACUCAAAAGAACUGGGGAUGUAGCUCAGUGCUAGAGUGUCACUGGGUUCAAUUCCCAUAUCUCCAAAUUAUCAUCAUUAUCUUAUUUCAGAAAUCUUUUCAUACCCUGGUAUAAUAAAAACAGUCUCUCUUUCUUAAGUUCUAUAGUUUUUCCUUAUGUCUUUAACUCCCUAGAGUUGAUGUUUAUGAGUGGCAGAAGGUAGCAAUCCAGUUUUCAUAGCUUUCUAACAUGGUAAAGAGGAACAGACCUAGAGAUUCUAGUCUGCUGCCCUUCUUAGUUCAUUGACAUUACUCAGAACACUGGUUAAGUUUCUCACUCCCCAACUCAUUCCCUAAUGCUUGGUCCUAGUCCUAUUACAAACUGUUUCU